AACUGUCCAGGGGACAGUAAUUUAAUUGUGGUCUCAUUUAUUGUUUUGUUAUUGUUUUUAUAAAUAAUACGUAAAAUUAUAAAAAUUGAUUUAAAGGUAAAAUAAAUAAGGUUUAUAUGUUUAAUGUUAAAAAUGCAACACUGUUUUUAAAUGUUUUUGAUAGAUAUAAAUAAGUCACAUGACCACGGUUUAGUUCAGGGUUCAAUGUGAAGGAUUGUGGGAAAUGCAACAUGGCGGCAGAGUCAUACACCAUUACAACGUGCUACAGAGAAGAAGACAAACUAACAAGCGAACUAUUCCGAUGGUCUGAGAGGCGCACACGUUUUCACGGUGUCUGCUGACUGGAGAGGGAUAAUAAAAAGUUAAAAGACAUCUGUAUGAUUCGUGGCCUUCAUAAACAUCAGACCUGAGUAGUUACAGUGAAAACGUAACGCCCAACGUCGGUAAGGCCGAGAGUCCGGAGUGAGGAGCAGCGAGCGGUCCGCGAAAGAGAGAGAGGGAAGCCGAUCGAGGGAGUAGCGGGUGACCGGAGGGACGCCGAUCAAGAGGAGAGAGGGAGAGCCGUCACCGGGUGAAGAAUACCGUAUAUCGCGGCAGCGUGGACCACAGCUCUGCAGACAUCCUGUUCAGGCAUCAGCGUGCAGUGACUGUUCAUCCGGGCGCUGUCAACAGAGAAGCGGCUCUACGUACGGCGGCAGGUGUCUGCCCUAUCUCCCCAAGAGAAAAUACAAUGGUUUCUAUGGCAACAGACUGACAACUCCAAGCUAUGGUUGCCUUAUCAUUGUCUUCAACUUUAUCUGUUCCUUCUCCAAGCAACUCAGAUGGCAUCCUGUCUGUUAACACUAGCUCUGGGUCUCUGCGUCACACAGCCUUUUGUCUGGUUAGUGAGGAGGUCCUGGUGUUAGUGCUGGGUCAACAGGCUGUGGGCACCAUGCAGGAGACAGAACUUACGAAUAAAACAUUUUUUAAAAUUCGGCAGCAAAGUAUGAGAAUAUAGGCUUCUGAUGCAUGUUACUCUAAAAAGCAACAAUGUGCAUCCAAAUAACACGACAGCGACUCUUUAGACUCGCUGCAUCUUGCUGCAGUGAAUCUGCCAGCGGUUUUCCAACAUAGUAAUGAGCAGCGCCGGCCUCCUCUGUCCACUCCGCUUCUAUGGCUGUUGCUGAGAGACAAAGUAGAAGUCACCCAGGCGCUCAGAAAGAGUGUAGAAGAGGCCUUUAAAACAAUGACACCACCAUAACUCAUGGUGUGUUUGCUGGAUGAGGGGAAGAGAGUAAAAGACUCAGAGUUGGGUUUCAGACCAGAAGGAUUCAAAGAAAGAUUAGAUUUUAACUCGCAACAACACAGAGAGAAGGGAGAUAGUCUAGUCGUAAUACUAGGAAAGAGAUGAGCAGAAUCGACACAUUCAGUGCAACACAGCAGGAGUGAUAAGAUAUAUAAUGCUCGCUUUCCUCUGGAGAGUACUAUUUGCUGUGCAGGAUGACAGCCAGGCUUGUAUCUCAGAAACAGGUGCUACUCUGCAUUCUCUCUGUGGUUGUGAUCAUCACAGCAGGAGAGAACAUUCACUGUCCAAAAGGAGGUCACAUCCACCUGGCCAGCCUGCGAUGCUAUUGGCUGUCUGAGAUGACAUCAUCAUGGUUUGAGGCUCAGGACUCAUGCAGAGAGAGUCCAAGAGGAAAUCUAGCAUCUGCGGACAGCCAAGAGCUGCAAAGUUUCAUCUUCUACUCUUUUCCAGUGAAAACCACAGUGUGGGUGUGGAUGCAGGGAUUAGAAGGAGAAGUACCUGAGCAUGAUGGGGUUGUGGCGCCACAGAGGUGGAACAGAGACAGUCAGAAGGUUUGCUCUCAGAUGGCAUUGGGAACCCUGGGGAGAUGGAGGAAGGCUCAGUGUGCUGGACGAUAUCUGUUCCUGUGUGAAAAGAAAGUCACUGACUCUUUACCAUCCAUGAACAGUUACCUGACUGGAUUGGUUCUCUUGACCGGCGUCUAUGCUGAUAACAAGAUACAGCCUCUUUCCAGUGUCCCUGACAUUGGACAGCGCACAGUGGAGAUGCAGCUGUUCCCAGGUCUGUGGUUCAGUCAUGCAGGCCAGUUGGUGUCAGUGGAACUAGUGGUCCAACCAAGUCUUGUGUCUUCUGUGGCUCGUGUCCAGAUCCUUCGACCCUACUGCAACCCCAACCACUACCUGGUACCCCCAGGUUGCAACUCUCUCCUGAACCCAUUUAGCUGCUGCUCAGCAGUGCCACUGUGUAACACCACAGGGGGCUGCAGCAUGGGCCAAUACUGGUGCCAUCUGCUGGAAGCCUGCGUGCCCACUAACAGUCCAUGCAGCCCCUAUGAUGCAGCAGUGGUGGACCGCGGCUUUACUUUACCACCUCGAUACCCUGCACUGCCUCCCUUCUACCAUCUGGUGGCAGAUUUUCCUCUGAGAAUAAACCCUAGCUCUGAACUGAAAACUCUGAGCCUGCUUCUUCCAUCCCCCAUCGUGGUGUAUCCUGAUGACAUUGUGGCUAUGCAGCACACUCUUGACUCUGGAACAUUUCUGCAUUGUCUACAUAGCGAAGCCACUUUUAACUCGCCCUGGCGUCAGAGUUACCUGUCCAUUAGGGGAAUAGAGUGGGGAGGCUGGUUGGAAGGAGGCCUAACUUCCCUGCCACAAGGGAGCAAGUGGGUGGACAGGGUGGUAUGUGACCUGAGGAUGCUGUAUGUGGACACGAUUCACAGAGCAGCAGAGAAUGACGAUGUAUUUGACUACACUCACACAGAGACAACCACAGUCCCUGAUAUUAGGCCCCAGACUCGAGGUCCAAAUCCCUGUCUGAGAUCUAAAUUCAGAUUUAAUGUCAUCCAUCCACUACCAGAUGACAAGGACCAGAUUCAUAUUCAAAUCAACAUCCCAACUCUCAUCAUUGUCAAGGCCCUGUUUGGAGAGAAAGCCAAGAGCUCAUGGUCAGCUCCAGUGCUCCAGACUGGGGUCCCCUUUCUUCCAUCUUGUCCUGAAGAAGUGAUUCAAUCUUCACCUGGCUGUAAGAAGCAGUCCCAGGAAGCCUGGUUUUCCUCUGUGACUCUGUUGUUGCCGUCAGCUGGGGUUCAGAUAUUGAACAUCAGUGUGAUGGAUGGAGAGAGCUUUCAGAGUGUGAGAGUGAAGGUUUGUGGAUAUGAGGAAGUGGCUGGCCUUACUGUUGAGCCACAUGGAUGCCUGAGGAUGCUUAUAGACACAUCACAGGUAGGAAUUAAAAUGGGGAAUCUACAACAAACACAUCUAGCUUAUCAGACUGUUUAUUUUCAGGGAUCAAGCUCGUUUGACAAAAAUGAAAGUUCAAGUUAUGUUCCUUUUCUACCAAGGCAGUUCAAGGAAUGGUACAAAGUCGGUGCCUAAGUGUGAACCAGUUUUUUUGUAUUUCUACCUUUAGAGAACUUUUUGUCAGUCAGGAAAACUGAUUCAAGAACAGCACCAACUGUUAGUACCACUUUAAGACAAAAAAAGAGCUAGACUACCAAAUCUAAAGAACCAAAAUCAGAGUUUCAUAACAGAUGUGAGAUCCAUAGAGCAGCGCGUGGAAAGCCGAUGAGGUCACUAUUUGUCUCAUGAUACCUGAUAUUUGAUAUUAUGAAAUUGCCAUCUGAGAAAUGGUGUUACAAACAGCAGUAGAUGAAACAGCAUUCACAGACACCUACUACUGUUUGCCACAGUGUUCAUAAAUGGUGAUAUUCAAAUGGCAACAAAAAUCAGUCAUAUUAUGAUCUCACUGGCUUUUCAACUGUGGAACAGACCACCUGUCUCUCUGCAUUUUGUUACUCAACAGAAGUUCAGAAUAAACUAGAAAGUUCUUAAAAAACAAAUCCAGCGUUCAAACAGACAUGUAAAGUGACAUAAUGAUGUGGCUCCAUAGUAACUUUCUAGUGCACGAAGAAGAAAAUCCAAUUCAGAACUAGUACAGUUCAUGUUGACAGACAUUUUGUAUGGACAUUCAUGGCCCUAAGAGGAUGAAUUCUAAAGAUUCUAGAGGUCUGCUUACUUUCACUUAUAAGGAAAUCAAAUAUGCAAUGUCGAUAUUUUCUGGAUGGAUUUAAAUUAAAUUCUGUGCUGAUUUCCUUGCUUCCCAGACAAUUGUAAGACUUGAAAUUUGUGGUUGGCAUUUAUGGUUACCAGUGAGUUGUCUGGAUACAUUUCAGUGAGAUCUGGCACAAAUAUUCAUGCUACCAAAAGGAUGACUUGCAAAAAAUGUGAUGAUCCCCCAUCCUUUAACUUAGUGCAAAAGGUAAAUUUUUCCAUCACUUUAUGAUCAAACACCUGCAGAGCUAAUGCCAUUCCUGUCAGUCUUUCUGUACCUUGCAUUAAAUGUUAAACUGGAACAGGGAACAUGAUAGUAACAAUCAUUGCAAGCAUGUUUGCAUGAUUCUGCUGCUACUAUAGCAUUCCAUAAGUUUCGCUGACAUGUGGAUAAGAAAAAUGAAAAGCACAUUAUUUGGAUAAAAAAAAUGCUUUUACAGUGGUAUAUUGGUAAUA